AUGGGAUCGUUAUGUCACGCUAGGGGUGGCCAACUAGUACAGGAAAUUUAUCACCUGGAACGGUACGGGUUUAUUAACAAUGCUAAUGGAUCAUGGAUACACGAUGUUGCUGUUAUCAUAUUGAACCGGGACAUCAAGUUUGACGACCAGACGGCCCUACCGAUAGAUCUACCAGUUUCGGGCUACGAUCCGGCACCUGGAUCAAAGUCAAUGUUGGCCGGCUGGGGCUUUCAACACUGGCAUCAACCGCCGGCCACACCGUGUCUGUACAGUGUCGACCUAGAGAUUGUCGAUCGGCAACAGUGCAACCAAACCUAUUACGAUACGUUUAGCCGGGUCAAGGAUGGCCAGAUAUGCGCCGGUAUGCCCCAAGGCAAUAGAGGACCAUGUUCAGGUGAUUCAGGCAGUGGUCUCAUACAAAAUAAUACAAUCGUAGGACUGGUAUCGUUUGGUAGGGGCUGUGAACAGCCCGGUUCCUAUGGUGUCUACACUAAUGUCGGCUCAUAUGUUGAUUGGAUUAAUAGACAUAGAAAAUAA